AUGCAGCGCAAAACAAGCCCCUCCUCCGACUGCCAAACCCCUGCGCACAUGCGUACCUUAUGCCACCAAUGCGUGUGUGUGUGCUUUCUCUCUCUUUCUCUUCCUAAAACUCUCUUUCUCUCAAAAUCUCUCUCUCUAGAUCUCUCUCUCUCUCUCUCUCUCUCUAAAUCUCUCUCUCUCUCUAAAUCUCUCAAAAUCUCUCAAAAUCUCCUCUCUCUCUCUCUGUUCUCUCUCUCUCUGUUCUCUCUCUCUCUGUUCUCUCUCUCUCUCCUGUUUCACACACUAAGGCCUUCUUGCACCGGCUCAACGACUUUGACUGUGAAUGUGUUGCAAGGCACAUCUCGACGACAAGAGGGAAUGGUCCGUCAUUUGCCUUUGCAGCAUCUGUUUGAGCCGGGCGGGCUUAGGGCAGUGGGGUCGCCCGUGCCUGACCCCACUGCCAUCAACACCAGCGCCUUCAAUCUGCCUCGGGCGCCCCCUUUGCAUGCCCUCAAGUCACACCGACACCUUCAUGGAAAGGUCGGGAGUCUUCGUGAAGCUGAUUUGAGAAGCAACGCACUAGCCAAGAACGUGGGUCAACAGCGUGCCCGUGAGUAA